UUUGAAUUCAGUGAUUUUUAUCGGAGUGCCAACUGGAGUAAACCACCAGCAGUGUGUGUGUGUGUGUGUGUACACAUGUAUGUGUGAGUGUCAUAGGAUCAAAAAUUACCUUGGGAACUGUUACAUUUCAGAGUCAAAAUGCAUCCGGUCAGAGUGUCGAUCCCGUCGUUUCGUUCAGAAAACAACUCGAUGGAGAAAGGGUACACGGUCUUUAAGAUCGACGUGCUGAUGAAUGGCAGACAGCAUAGUGUUGAGAAACGCUACAGUGAAUUCCACGCUUUGCAUAAAAUGCUAAAGAAGAGCAUAAAGCCACCAGAGAUUCCCUCAAAGCACGUCAGAAACUGGGUCCCCAAAGUCUUGGAGCAGAGGAGGCAUGGUCUAGAGCUCUACCUGCAGGCUAUAAUUAUGGAAAAUGGGGUUCUUCCAAAGAUAUUCCUGGAUUUCCUCAACAUCCGCCAUUUUCCUUCAGUGCCAAAAACAGAAAGCUGUGGGUCUUUUGAUACAGAAUCAGAGGAAUCAAGUAAACUUUCACAUCAGCCAGUCCUGUUGUUCCUGAGAGACCCCUUCCUGCUUCCAUCACAUGACACUUUUGCAAACGUCGUGAUUGAAGGUGUGGUGCACGGAGUUUUCUACCCAGAUCUUCAGCCGAGGUAGAGCAGCGGAGUGGACUGAGGGAAUCUCACCACAAACUGAAACUCAUGUUUCACAUUUCAUCAGCAAGGGCAUAACAUGUUACAUCAUACUGAGCCUCAUUGAGAUAUUCCAAAGCAUUAAAAAAAAAAAAAAAACACAUCCAAACAUAAAGAAAUAAAGGGAUUCAUAGCUGGAACUAAGUCACAGUCAUUUACACGUCUUUACCUCUGCACAAUUACUUUGAGCACAGUUAUUGUCAGCAUUUUUACAUCACCUUAUGUGGCACAGUUUUGCACGUUUACUCACUUACUUACUUUUGCUUUAGAAUUAAAAAAAACAUAUUUUUUCAGAAAGUUAAGAGCUUAAAACUUUGGUUUUGAAGGUUGAAAUAAAUACACAGGAUCGACUAUAAAUUGAAAUAAGAGGUUGAUCCAUUUAGGGAAGAUUUAUUGCAGUGUUUCUUUUUUUUGUUUGAUUGAUUGUUUUUUGUUUUAACUUCCUAACCUCCAAGUAUUGUUAAUGGUAUGGUUACUGGGGGAGAACCAGUAAGGAAAAUGCACAUGACAGCUGGACUGAAGGACAUACAGAGAGAGGCAGGCUGACAGAGUGUGGAGCUCCAUCAUGACCUGCUAACAGGCUGCUGACACUUCCCCUCUGCAGCGCUGCGGUUGUUGAGUUUUUUUCUGAGUUGCCAAUUUUAGCCUCUGAGAGAAGGACCGAGAGCAGCCGGACAAAGGGGAACAAGUUUGAAGGCUGCAUUCUGGCAGAGGUGACACUAAUGUGCCACAUGUGGGGAAAAAUGACUUGAGCUUUAUAAGCAGCGCUGUGGACUUACUUUACUGAGUAUCAGACGUUUGUACAGAGAACUGUCACGUCUGUGGUGCUGAUCAGCUCUGUGGGGCGACAUGUAUGGUCAGGUGAUCAACACGGGGUGAGGAUCACAAAGCAGGAAGGAAAAGAAAGAGGUGACACAUUAUUGGAUGGUCAUGAUGCCCACCAGCUUUAGCAUUUCACCCUUUUUUUUGCAUUGUGAAAUGUAUGAUAUUUUUUAAAUCAAACACAAUUUAUGAGGGUGAACUAUUGAAUAGUUGAAUUGUUUUCUUCCUAAAAUCUACAAUACCCAUAAUGCAGCUUGAACAUGGAUAGUCUGGUUGAGUUUGAUGUUGUGCUAAUAGCAACUAAAGUAGCCUUUAGCUGCUAGGCUAAAGCAGAGUUGAUGAGUUGGCUAAAGAGGUCCGUAAAGCUCAAUUCUUUUUAACACCACAGCAACUCUUUAUUUCACUUUCAAAUGUAUAGUCGUCAGCCCUCGACUGACACCGAGUUAUAAGCCACAAAUGAUUUGUACAAUGAUAUUUAUUUAUGCAGUAGUCUUUUGAAGACCUCUAAACUAAAAUCUGGAGUUCACCUUUAAGACAGGACUAGUUGUAAGGCAUGGGCUUCUUUUGGUUUAAGAGGAAAAUGAAAAAUUAGAACAUUUGAAAGAAUUUCCAGUUUGUGCAAAAAAAAAAGUGCAAUUAAUUAAAACAGAUCUCCAGUAUUAAAUCACACAAGUAGGAAAAGGCUUCUAACACUUUGUGAAGGUCAGUAUCUAACACUAAUACUCGUAGUGUCAUAGCUAUUUUAGUUUGAACACAUAAUAUUAAAGGUCAGUUUUUAAAUUUGGGGUGAUAAGAGGAAAAUUCACCCUUCACUUAAAGGGAUGCAAAAUGAUUUUGUUCAUCAAAGUGUUUGAGUGACAGAUGGUGACAUGAAGGACUUUCUACCAGUAAAACUGUGGACUAUGUUUUAUAACACAGAUUGUCUUUAUGUUGUUGCCUGUCUUUGAAACCACAAACCCAUGUUGCUAACACUCCAAAUGACUUGUUGCUUUUAUAAAAUGUGAUGUUGCAUAUCAGUCAUUUAUGACACAACACUUUGUAAUGUGACUGGACCUCCACUACAGCACAGGAACAGCUCCAUGUUGAUUUUGAACUAAAUGUAUCCUGAUCCCUUAACCUCAACUAAUCAUCAUGGUUCUAUGUUGAAACACUUAAUCAUUUCAUAGGUUUAUAUUUAUUGAUAUUGUUCAACAUCGUACUGUCUGAGUGUCAUUCAUGUGCCAUAGUGUCGAACUACAGUGAACACUGGAGCUGUAGCACUUUAGAUUGUAAAAUACUGACACAAAUAAAACUCAUUAUUUCCACUAA